AUGUUGAGAACCAGGGAUGGCUGCGAAAAAAAUUCUCUCAAGCUGUUCACUUCAGUUUGGUCUGAGUCCUUUGGCAAGAAGUUGGCCAUAAGGGAGCCAACCGGCCACGCGAUGUGUCAAAUUUGUUGCAGACAUAAACACAUCCUGAAGUCGCUGAGUGGCGACAGGUUGGGACGCCAGUGUCAGAUGCAGAUGUACAGCGCCCACCUCAAAAGGCAAUACGAAGACCGAUGCCUUUAUUGGCAGGCGCGUGCUGCUAGCAGAAUGAAUGCCAUCACUGCAGACAGCACACAACAAGUGUGCUGCAUCGUGGACGGCAUGGACCAUUCGAAAUUCCGAUAUCCUCGCAGUUUAGCAAUGUUGUCGAAGGAGUACGAUUUUCUGCAGCGGCCUCACUUGAACAUGCACGCCAUCUUGGCCCACGGCCAUAUGUGUUUACUUUCACUGGCGGACAUUACGGUUCCCAAGGACGCAUCCUUUUGUGUUGAGCUUCUGAGCCACUGCUUGCACUGCAUCAGUGACCGCUUGGACCUCAGGGUGACGCGGUUGCUGGUGCAGUGCGACAACACAUGUCGCGAACUGAAGAACAAUUGCACCUUACGGGCCAUGAGCCAGUGGGUGGCAACUUCCAGGCUGUGGAACUGCGAACUUCGAUGUUUGCAGAAAGGACAUUCACACGAAGAUGUGGAUGCAUUUUUUGCAAAUGUAGCAGUGACAGUGGAGAAAUACAACGAGCUCCAUCGGCCUUGCAACUUCCAGGAGAUUUUGCAGCAGUACUUGGAUGGCGGCGCCCGGAGACAUGAACCAUUGAAGCGAGUUGUCCAAGUGGAUGAGGUCCGUGACUGGUCUACUUUCUUGAAUGUGGCCUUUGAUGGUGCUCACUUGAAGGGAAUAGGUGGACCUGGAGCCCCUCACACCUUCCUUCUGGAACGCUUUUGUGACACAGGUCUUUCCAGGGAUGUCAUUGACAACAAGUUCUGGUCAAAAGUCCGGAAGGAACCAGAACAUCCGUGCGAUGUCGUUUUGAGGACUGGUUUUAGCUUAUUUGUUGGCUCAGAUGUAUUGAAACUGCUUAUAGUCCUGCUUAUUUUACAGAUAUAUAUAUAUAGGGCGAAACACAUUUGCAGGCAAUCCAGUAAAGUCAACAAUGCAUGCGUGUACCCGCCCUAA